UUCAUUAUUACCAAACAGCACUUCCUACAAAUAUGCUCCUUGUGCAGCGAUGGUUUGAGGAGGGGUGAGAAGGUGAAGGGAGUGAAGAUGGAGGGAGGAUGAGUGAAAGGCUGGACAGACGACGAGGGUCGCUGAUGAGCUGCGUGUGCUGGGCGGAUUGGAGACUUAAGGACACGACAGUGGACGACAGGAUUCGCGAUUACUAUUGAUUCAGAACCAGAUUAGGAGCAGACUCAUCACCCGCCCGGACACACACAGGCUUUGCUGUCUUGGAUUUGACACUGGGAUCAGAUUGGAGCCUGCCGUCACAUCAUUAGAAAGAGGGAACAGUCUCAAAGCAGAGCAGGGGGAGGAAUGGGAGCAGUGCUACAGGUGGCCGCACCAGAUUGGGAUUGGCCCUGAUGAUCGCAAAGACCCCUCCUCCAGCCCUUUUCAGCCAAUCGUGGAGGGGUCGCAGAGCUGAUGUCUCAGAGGGCGAGAGGGUAUUUGUGUUCUGGAGUCCUGAAGAGACAAGCCACAUCACGAUAAAUGGAGGAGAAGGAGCGAUGUAGGAGCAGGUCUCCGGCUCGGAGGGCCAGUCGGGUGCAGCAGGUGGUGGGAACAAUAAUACGACGCACCCGGGAGUCGCUAAGCAGAGAGCGGUUGCUAGGUGAUGGGAGGUCGCAGCGCUCCAACAGUCUGUCCAAUCAGAACUUCCUGGCCAAGCUGACGCUGCAGAUCACCAGGGACCCGGUCCUGGACAGCAGCACUGGACAUGGCUUCACCCUCACCACAAAUCCACCCCUGCUGGUCAGGGACAUCGCCGCAGGGAGUCCUGCAGAUGGGAUACUGUUCCCUGCGGACCAGGUACUGCAGAUUAAUGAUACAGUGCUGGAGGAUCUGAGCACAGAGCAGGUGGAAAGCAUCUUAAGGGACUUGGAGGAUUGUAUCACUGUGACUAUCCUGCGGUACAUGACGAAUCCCAAGUCCUCCAUCAUGUCAGCAGAGAAGAGAGCUCGUCUGAGGAGUAAUCCAGUGAAAGUGCGCUUUGCGGAGGAGGUGGUGGUCAACGGGCACACUCAGGGAAACUCUCUUCUCUUCCUGCCCAAUGUCCUGAAAGUCUAUUUAGAGAACGGACAGACCAAGGCCUUCAAGUUUGAUAAUACCACCACUGUCAAAGACAUUGUUCUGACCCUGAAGGAUAAACUGUCCCUCCGGGCCAUCGAGUACUUCGCCCUGGUGCUAGAGCAACAGUACAGCAUCAACAAACUGCUGCUGCUGCACGAAGACGAGCUCAUGCAGAAGGUGGUGCAGAAAAAAGACUCCCAUGAUUACCGAUGUUUGUUCAGGGUGUGUUUCAUCCCCAGAGACCCCAUGGACAUGCUGCAGGACGACUCCUCUACCUUUGAGUACCUCUUUUUACAGAGUGUCGGGGACGUGUUGCAGGAGCGUUUUGCAGUAGAGAUGAAGUGUAACACUGCACUGCGCCUGGCAGCGCUGCACAUGCACGAGAGACUGGAUAGCUGCGGACAGACCAGGACCUCCAUCAAGAGUAUCACGAAGGAGUUCGGCCUAGACAGCUUCAUCUCUCCCACGCUGCUGAGCAACAUGAGGGAGAAGGACCUGAGGAAAGCAAUCAGCUACCACCUCAAAAAGAUCCAGUCCCUGCUAGAGCCACGGCACAAGGUAAUAUCUGCUACUCAGGCUCGAGUGGCCUACCUCACUCAGCUGGGAGAGCUGAUCUCAUACGGAGGGCGAUCAUACUCAGCUACAAUGAUGCUACAAGACAGGGAGGUGGCUGUCAGCCUGCUGGUCGGAGCCAAGUACGGGAUGAGUCAGAUCAUCAACCACAAGCUCAACGUGAUCUCCACACUGGUCGAGUUCAGCAGCAUCAGCCGAGUGGAGCUGCUCUCGGAGUCGGACAAAGUCAGCCUGCUGCGCAUCUCACUGCACGACAUGAAGCCAUUUGCCUUACUGAUGGACUCUCUGGCAGCCAAAGACUUAGGGUGUCUACUGGGAGGCUACUGCAAACUCCUUGUGGAUCCCAGUGUCAAUGUCUUCCGUCUGGGGCGCCCAAAAGUGAGGGUGCACCGGAUUCCUGCUGAAGAAGGUGUGUGUGGGAGGUUCGCCGUAGUAGAGGGCGUGUGCUAUGAAUCCCUAUCAAGUUAUGUGUCUCGCUGCUGUAGUGACUCGGACGACUCGACAGAUGACGACGACCCGAUGGAUUCACAGAAUUACAAACGUCCAGACCCUGCAAGUCAGGACUGGGAAGAAAGAAGGAGAGAGGAGGAAGAAAAGAGGAGAGAAGAAGAACGGAAAGAGAGAGAGGAGUACAAAGGCAAACAGGAAGUGAAAAUAAUAGUGACAAUAGAAGCUAAAGAAAAUGAGGGUGAAGAGGAGGGAGGAGCAACGGGAAAUGCACUGCGUACAUUUAGUGUUAUGGAUGAGGAAAUGAACCCGGAGACCCCCUGGUAUCACACUGACCCACGGGUCACCAGCAGUUUCUCCAGCUUGUCCAGUAACUCCUUGAGUGCGGCACUAGAGGAGAGCAGCACCGCAGCCAAGGCCCCAUCUCGCACAGAUGCACUUCGUGGACAACGCACGGUCGAGGACCUACCCAGCUUGGACGUUCACCACCCCUUCCUCCUAGAGCCAAAACGCCAACAGGGCCCUCUGCGACCCACCAACCUCAAUUAUCGGGGCAAUGACAACUCUUGCCUUUGCUUCGCUGAUCUCUCCAAGGCCGAUUUCCUGCCAAGCCCGCCUGAGGCCACCAGCGAUGAUGACGAUGAUGAUGAGGAGGAGGACGAAGAGCGGGGAGUGGAGGAACUCAGACGCAUGUCAAAGAUUCCUAGCUCGAGAGAUUUGAGAAUGAUUGACAGCAUACCCUUUGAAAGAUCCCCAAUUAGAAGAAAGAAAAAGACACCGCCGAAAGUCCCACUAAGGACAAGUUCAAUUCCCGGGCACAAAGCAGGAGAGGCUGAGCAGCGUCUCUCCAAGGACGAAGACAGUCUAUACCUGACACCUUCACCAAACCCUAAACCAGCUCUUUUGGUCAAAGACACUGUCUCAGAGUCUGAGGAUGAGUUUUUUGAUGCACAGGACAGAUUUACUCCCCCAGUUCCUGAUCUAUCAGAUGCUGAACUGGCCGACCGUCAAAAUGCUAAUCGGUUGAGUGGAACCUGGAAUGGUGUUCCAACUGCCCAAGGGAAAGAGCCGUCCUCCCCCCUUACCAAUAAAGCCCAAUCCUCUAAGAUAAAGAAGGAAGUGGAGGCACUUAAAAGGCCCACAAAUCAGCUUACCAACCAACGUCCCAGUCCAACAAAGUCAUCACAGAAACCCGAAGUUAAAGUCAAACCACCUUUGGCACCCAAGCCCCAGCUGCCUCCCAAACCUCAGAUCAUUCCUCCCAAGUCCCCCAAGCAUGGGAGAUCGUAUGCCCACUGCAACGGGGAUGCCUCUGGACGUCUGUCCUCUGAACUCCUGGAAAUGGAGCCAGAAACCAUGGAGUUCAAGUCGGUCACAUCUGGGGCGGGCGGACUGCCUCUGUCAUCACCUUUGAUCACAGCAGUGAGGUGCAGCAAGCAACCUCCAGCGAUCACGACGCCACACACUGGGGAAAAGACAAAGAGGCAAGAAAACUGCUUAAAACAGAAUAACGAUGUGACACAUGAAAAUGGCGCUCAUGUCAUUUACAAAAACAGAGCAAACACUCCUGAUAAAAAGGAAACGCCAAAAGUUGAGAGUCAAAUCAAUGGGACUUCCCUAUCCUCAAAGAAACCACUAGACCUACCCCCUAUCCUUCUCUCUAAUUCAGGCCCAAAGCUAGCUAUCCCCCCUCCAGUGCCCCCAAAACCCACGUCUCCCACUAAUCUCCACCCUUUGUCACUACCUGCUAGCUCUCCGGUCUCCCCAACUGAUCCAAGCAAAGGGAUCUUCAAGGAUAGCAUAACUACGCCAAAUGGAAUCCAUCCCUGGAGCAGCCGCAACGGCACCAUCCAGUCAGGACCCCGGAGGGUCUCUCUGAGCCAUGAGAGCCUUUCACCCAAAAACACAGAUGCACAAGUCACCCUUACCACAUCCCUCACCUCAACUAACUCUAAUGAUGUUCGGGGCCUAGAAAGCAGAGAACAUGGAAGAUCUGGAUCAGGAUUGGACCUGAGGACCAGCUCCUCCAGCCUGGGGGGCAGGCUGCCAGCCUCUGCCCUGAGAGGGAGAAUCCAGUCUCUGCCUUGGUACAUGACCCGUUCACAGGAGAUUUUGGGAACUCUGGACUAUCCCUCCACGAGCUCCAUCAAUGGAGACACAUCUGGAUUUGGCUCUGGUUUGUCUGUCGCCAGUGGUUUAUCAGAUUUAAACAGAACCCCUGUCAAGCAAAAAGAGACUGUUGCCUAUAAAUCAGGAGGGAAAGGGACCGUUUUAGAGGACGGAGCUGAGGUUGUCAUCGCCACCAUCAAGGAGGCCCAGGAUGUGACGUCACAUAUGAAAAGGGCCAAUGGGACAAAUGGCUCACACCCUAAUCUCACUAUUAAAGAGAAUAUAACGCACAGUGGCAGUGUCUCAUCAGAGCAGCCUCAGUCACGGUCCCACUCAGCAGUAGGAUUGGGAGGCGUGUCCAGCAUGCAAAUUGGCGGAGACUCACCAACCUCCUCGCUCGCAGACAGCACUCCACCAGAGCAGCAGCGGGAGGCUUGUGGCUGCCGCACUGUUUACGCCAACUGUUUCAGCGGAGACACAGAGGACGGAGUCAGUUUUGACGAGGAACUCACCGUUUACGAAUUCUCCCGCCGCACGCGACCCAAACCUGCCCCGCCGGCACCUGUCCCUUCUCCUCCGAUACCUUCUCCAAAACCCAAUAUUUUGUCUCUGCUGAAAGAUAACCCACGCCCACUCUCUACUUUCUCCACUGCCUCGUCUGAACUCAGUCCCUUAGUGUCGCGACCAGUUUCCCCCACAACCUCGUUCGGCGGUCCUCUUCGAUCGCUCACCAACAAGAAUUACGGCGGGCUGAAGGGGGGGUUUGCCUCCCUACGUCAAGAUAUAGAACAACUUCUGCUGGUGCUAGAGAGCGGAGAGCAGCCACAACAAACAUUAUAUCAAGACUCAAAGCAGGAUAUGAAAGUAGGGCCUGACCUAAAUCAUAAUGGGACUGAAGACAGCGCUACCACAGCCGCAGUCUCAAGCUGUACCGGGACCGGCUCUGUCACCAUGACGGAGGCUGAAAGGACUCUUCUCCAGGCAGAAGCUCGGCGACUGGCAUCUGGGUGCCAGCGGGCCACGCGGGUCGGCUGGGCUCCUGAUGAAGCCUUACGUUCGUUAUCCAACAGCUUCAGUGCUCUGGUUCAGUUGUCUGUGGCCUGCCUGCGAACGAGCCCCUGCUCUGGCUGUGACAUUUGCCAUAAUACGAGUCUGGUCCACGGCGAUGAGGACGAUGACAGUCAGGAGGCCAUGGCAAAGCUAAAGGAGAUUGUCGGUCUCUACAGGGAGUUUGUCGGGGCUGUCGAGACGGCAGGGACUGGUGCCGGGGGUAAGAGUGGAGGCGGGGCAGGACUGGGUCAGGGGGAGAGUGACGGGGUGAGGCUGCUGGCCAAACGCUGCACCGUGCUCAUCUCCUCCGUAUUCGCACUCACACAGCUCUUCAGGACACACACACUAGACUCUUCGGAGACGCCCGGCCACGUACCUCUCAACUUUUGACCUGUGAACUUUUACCCAUUAAUAACUGACAGGAGGCGAGACGAGACAGCACAGAGUGAACUGGUGUGUAGCCCUGUGUUCUUGUACAGUAAGUGCCAUGCACACACCACAGCACACGGACUAACCUAUAUUACACACAACCACAUGGAAACACAAACACACACACAAAACAAAAGAGAAAAACUGUCAUUGCUUGGACUCUUGUUGGACGCAUAUGGACUAUGCAUUUGUACAUAUGAAUUUUAUAAUUAUAUUAUAAUUAUCUUAUUUUAUGAUACAAUAUGUGUAUGUAAGGAUUGAUUACCCAUGUAUGUAUUUAUGUAUUUAUUUUUACAAUAUUUGCACCAUGAUCUGUGGCGUGCAAAAAAAAAACUAUGGAUGUCACUGGAAUUUUUAUUUUUCCUUCUCUUUGAGACAGUGUUAUGUUACCUUUUGCUGCUUUAAAGAUUUCUCCACUCCACAAGGUGUAAUCUGUAAAUUGUCAGUUUUCAAGUUUAUUACUAACAGUACGUUUUACUGACAAAAAGCAUAAAAUAUACUUUAUCGCUCUCGCGAAAUACAGAAAUGGACCGAUUUGUUUUGUAUGUGCAGGGAUCGCACCUUUUUAAAGGAUUUAGUUUUUCAAUAUUACAGUCGCAUAUAAAUUGGAUACAAAACGACACCAUUACAAAGCAGGGAGAGCACUUUUGACUGUUACAGAUUGCACCUUUUUAUGAGACACGUACCCUUGUGUAAAGUGUUUUUUCUACCCCCUUUUGCCCUGACUCUCCUGACUGACCCUUGAGUGAAUGCUUCUUGGAAAUACCCAGACGUAUGCAGUAUUAUAACACUAAUCUAGUUCUCAUCCAAAGGACACUACAUAUAUAUUUUCUGGGAAUGUGCUGAUCGGGCCCAGGGGACCUCUGUUCUUUAGUUUAGUUUUUGACUUGGCACAAGUGUGACUGUUAAACUCUGUCCAGAUGUAGCAAAGAUCCAAAGUCUUACAACACUGAGCCACAACUGUUCCCCACCACACGUUCCUCUUUGGGUGCACCACCUUAUGAAUAACACACUGACACAUGGACUGACUGCUGUGUGCUGGGGUCAGAACUUCACAUAUACAUUUAUACUGUAUCUCUGUGUCCUGUUCUGUUUCUACCUUAGUUUAUGGCUAUGCAAACAUAAAACCCUCACCCCCACUGUAUACUGUAUAUUCAUUUCUUUAUGUGCUGACAUGAAAAACAACAUUAGCCACAUUAUGUUUGUAUGGAUAUAAUGGGUGCUUUCUUUGUUGGGAAUGUUGGCUUUUUGUCUUGUUUCAGGAGAACCCACUGCAUUAUGGAUCGUAUGCAUUCUGCAGAGUUGCAUGGCAUUACCUUUUGUCAAUAUUAGGACUCCUGUCUAUACUGAUGUCUGUGAAUUGUCUGUAAAAAAAAAAAAGGAUUCUUUUGCUCGAUGAGUUUGCUGAUGCGCAGUGUUCACCAAUCAGCUCGUCCGUAUCACGAUGUCAGAUCAUCUGAUGAGCCAUCCGAUCUGAGGGACUUACCCGAGCCACCUACGACACUGGGAAGGUAAUUACGCCAAAUCAGCCAGCAGCGGUUUCUACAAGUGUGAUUAUGGGAUUAUCUGAAAUUAAGACUGCUUACAUUUUCAGAGGCAGCGGGUGAGGAGUUAGGUAGCAUAUUUAAUCUUCCAAAAACAUGUGCGAGGGAAAUUAUGUCUCGGUGGCUCUGACUGAAAAAAUAAGAGGAGCUUCCAAGUUGCCAUGGAGGUAUCGACCAGAAGCAGUGUCCAUCGUCGCACUAAUAUCAAGACAUACUGUGUGUCUCAGGAGCAUCUCUAGCAGUUCAUCAAACAGGCCCCGACAGUGAACAGUGCCUGGGUCACCUGUGUGUUUUGUUGCCGUAUGCUACAACGGUGUCAACAGCAUUUCAUAUUCAAAGAGGACAUUGUGUUUCUACACGUUUUUCGUACCCACGUUCAAUGAAGUCGAUGUACCAAGAAUUGUAUUGUCCGGAAAUAAACUACAC